AUGCCUUCCCUCAGUCAGAGCGUGGCCCUGGGGUACGUCAUCGUACUCCAGGGUCUCUGGCUCUCCUUCGGAGGAAGUCCCAUCAUUGACUUCGUUCUCAGCGCUCUUAUAGCAGUCCCAGUCACCGCCGCUCUCUGGCUCGUUGCUUCCGCCAUCAGCCAUCGCAUCAGCGAGACGAUCCUCCCCGGUCAGCCUAUCGAAUCCUACAUGAUCUUCAAGCAUCUGGCAAAGGUCAAGUACCGCGGCAAGAGAAAGAUCCCGAUGGCCACCUUCUGCCAGAUGUACCUCGACGGAGAGGUUGAGAUGAACGGAGACACUCUGGCUAUCCUCGAGAAGAGACAUGACUGGGCUUCUUUCCGUCUGACUUUCGGUCUCAUCUACCACGUUCUGUUCAAGCUCAUCCCAAAGAUGGCUGAGGUUCUCUGCUUUCAUGAUGAUGCUUGUGUUCAUCCAGACUACGAGGAACUCGACGUAGGCUUGCUGCGAGGCUUCCUGGGACCGCGCAUGAUGUACACCUCUGGUAUCGUCCGCGACACCAACAACAAAGAGUCUCAAGAGGAACUCGAGAACAACAAGCUCGACAUCAUCUGCGAGAAGAUUCAUCUUAACCCAUACGACAGAGUCCUCAGCAUCGGUUAUGGCUGGCAAGCGUUAGCCAACUACGCCCGUCGUAUCUUUCCCGAUGUCCCAUUCACUGGCCUCACCCAUACCAACGAGUAUAUCAACAUCCCGGCCAUCAGAGGCGGAUACAAGAAGAUCAUCUGCACGCAUCUCGCCCAGCACAAAGGCCCCGGCAACUUCAUGGCUCUGCACACAGGCCCUGGCGAGUACUCAGACUUCCUCAAGCAUAUUCACGGUCUACUCUCCAAUGACGGUAUCUUCUUCCUCGAGGUCGCGGGCGCGGACAAGUCUUGGCAGUACGAGGACCUCGUAUGGAGACUCCUCAUGGCCAAGUACGUCUGCCCCGACGCCGUCCCCUAUACCUCGCUCGGAUCCUUGACCAACCAGCUCGAGACCGCCGGCUUCAGAGUCAACAGCGUGGACAACAUUGGCCGCCACUACUCUGAGACGGUCCGGAAGUGGUACGGUAACUUUGUCUGGAAUCAAGAGGCUUUGGUUUCCAUGUAUGGCCCCAAGAUCUACCGGACGUUCGAGUUCUUCUUGGCCUACAUGGUCAUCAUCUUCGGUCAAGGCCGCGCCAACACUUACCAGAUUGUCGUCACCAAGAAUCCCAGUUCUGUCAACCGAACUGAGGCUGCGCCUGAAGUUGAGGAGUCUUCUUGGGAUCUCUGCGAGUAGUCAUUUGAGUCUCUCCUUCGUCCAUUCAACUUACACCGAUCUUUGAGUCUCUUGACGUUACGGGCUUUUAUGAGGAAGUGGUAUUCUGAGAUCAGAUGUGGCUGAACCCGGGGUCAAAGGAUCAGGUCGGAAGGAAGAAGAUCAAGGACACAUCAUGAGACUGGAGACCUAGAACUACCAUGGCUGAUGGAAUGGUAGAAGCAAUAAGUAGUGCAC